AUGCACACAGCAUUGAAAGAAGCAUGGGAUGCUGCUGACACUACAAACGAAUGGAACAAAAAGUGGGGUUCUGCAUUUUUUAGGGCUUAUGAAAAUGUCGAUAAGGCAUGUGAAGAUGAAACUGAUGCUGGAUCAACUGCAUUGGUGGUGCUUCUCUCAUCUUGCCAAAUUGUUGCUGCGAAUUGUGGUGAUAGUAGGGCUAUUCUUUGUCGUGGGUCCCACACCAUUCCUCUCACCGAGGACCAUAAGCCUGAUAGAGAAGAUGAGGAGGAGAGGAUUGUUAAAAGUGGGGGCCACGUAUUAUUAGACGAAUGGGGUACUCCCAGAGUGAAUGGUGUUCUUGCAAUGUCAAGGGCAAUAGGAGACAAGAAGUUGAAACCAGCUGUAAGUGCGGUUCCCGACAUGACUUUUACCAUGAGGUCAAAAGAUGACGAGUGUUUGAUAAUAGCUACUGAUGGUUUAUGGGAUGUCAUGUCUACAAAAUCUGUUGGAAAUUUUGCAUGUCAACUGUUGCAACGAGAGCGCCAUGUGGCAAGACUUAACAAAUCUCCAUCGCAAUAUGUUGCAGAGUGUCUUCAUGCAGAAGCGCGUUUGAGAUCCAGCACUGAUAAUUUUUGUGUGAUUGUUGUUGACUUGAAGUCAACAACAAUGCGCUAA